UGGUGUCUCUCGGAAACCCUAAUCCCUCUCCUCUCCUCGCCUCGCCUCGCCGCGAUGAUGUCCUCCGCCGCCAGCUCCGCCGCGAGGCCCCCGAUCCCGCGCGGCUGCGGCGGCGACCGCUGCGGGUCCGGCCGCGACGCCUGGCCCCUCCACAACGUCCGCCACCAGGGCGUGUACUGCCGCCUCUGCUCCUCCUGCGUCCUCCUCUACCACCCCGCCGCCUUCUGCUCCGCCUGCCUCCUCCUCCUCCCUCCGGUCCCCGCCUUCAACCCCGCCGCCGGCGCCGGCGCCGCUGCUCGGGAUCCCGUCGCUGCGCCGCCGGGGCCCACCGCCGCCUGCUCCGCCUGCGGCCUCUUCGUCGCGCACCACUCCUGCGUCCCGGACCCUGUCUCCUUCGUCUGCCCCACGUGCGCCGCCGCCGCCGAGGGGAGGGUCUUCUCCUACACCCCCGCGCCCGCCGCGGGGGGAGGCGCCGCCCGCACGAUGGACGAGCGCGCCGCGCGGGUCCUCCUCGUGGCCGCGCGCCUGGCGCACGACUCCAUCUCCCGCGCCGCCGCCGCCGCCCGCGAGGAGGCCGACCGCCGCGUCCUGGAGGCGGCCGUGGCGCGGAAGCAGGCGCGCGAGAUGCUCGACACCGCGUUCCUCGCGGCGGAGGCGGAGGCCAGGGAAGCCAAGAAGGCCGCCGCCGCCGCUGCCGCCACGCCCGCCGCGGCCGUGGCCACGCCCACGCCCGCGGCGCCGCCCAAGAAGAAGACGACCCCGAAGGCCAGCGAGGCGAGCAGAGGAGACAGAGACAAGCCGCUCAAGCUCAACGCCACGCAGCAGCCGGCGCUCGCGCUCGCCGCGGCGGCGGCCGCCGCAGCCAGCUCGAUGCCAUUGCCAAUGCCGUCACCCAUGGAUGUCGAUGGCAAUGAGGCGCAAGGUUCAGCAGACAGAUCGUUUGGAGAUGAUCGUGGCCCGCUGUUCGGGAGCUUGCAGCCGUGAUAUUCGUUGCGCCUUAUUCCGCUUCUUCUUCCAUGGAAUUAUGCCUCAGUGUAGCCAUGUGAAUCAUAGAAGGUCGCUCAAGUUUGAAGGAUUGCAAUGUGAUUGAAUCCCCAUUUUGGAGUGUGCUCUCUGUAAAUCCUAGUCUUGACUUGGUACAUGAUCCGUUCAUCAUCAUCGUCAUCACCAUCAACUGUAGCUUGGUUGCAUCUCAUAUACCCUGUUUGUUAUUUGUAGUAUAGCAAAAUAUGUUGCUUGUGGAUGCAUAUUGCACAACUAAAAUGUUGUGUUGCUGAUAGCUUCAUCUUCGUUUUCUUCUUCUUUUUUUUGGAUGAAAUUAACUAGAUUGAGAAAUCAUGAUGGCAUAGUAUCUUUCCUGUUUCUGAAACCUGUUGCGAAUCGGAGCAUGAUCUUUCUGUGUCCUUCCAUUCUUAUUGUCUGCCAUGGCAUGGAAGUGUGAGUUCGAAAUUGAUGGUUAGGUUAACAAGAUUGGUGAAAUGCAUUCUGUUAUAAAAAGGGAUUGGAGAAUUGCAGCGAUGCAUUUGGUAA